AUGCCGAGCUGUAAAGUUAUUACGACGAAGAAGACAAUUGGUCCAUGGCUUCCUCUACUGCAACUUCUGUACGAAGUAGAAUCACGGUUCCGGUUGCACCGAGAUUCACUUGCACCGACCGUUUAGAGAGACGUAAGGAGUUUUACACUAAGUUGGAAGAGAAACACAAAGCCUUGGAGAAAGAGAAACUUGAAUACGAAGCUAGAACCAAGGAAGAGGAACAAGCUGCGAUAAAGCAGUUGAGGAAGAACAUGGCCUACAAAGCUAAUCCGGUCCCUAAUUUCUACCGUGAAGGGCCUCCACCUAAAGUCGAGCUUAAAAAGUAUCCAGUCACCCGUGCCAAAUCACCGAACCUAACAAGGAGAAAGAGCUGCGGCGAUGCAUUGACGAGAACAACUCCCGAGGAGAAGGGAUCCUCCGUGCGUGCACCCCGUCAUAGCGUGGGCGUUUACAAAGAAGCCAACACAAAAGCCUCCCCACCACUCGUUCGGAAAAAAUCCUCUCCCAUCACUCCCAAAAGUAAGGAUCAAAACAAUUCACAAAAACUAAACGGAUCUAUCGUUAAGCCCAAAAUUCGCCCGCAGCAAAUUAAAGAGACGACAGAAAAUUCCUACGUCAAAGAGCAGGCGAACGCAGCAGAUAUUGCCGUCGAAUCUUGAUUAAAAUCUUUAUUUAAUUUUUCGUUUUUGGUUGUCCAAAGUUUAACUUGCGAAACGGUUGAUGGAUGAAUGAUGUUUGGAUUGUCUUGAGUUGUAUAUUUUUGUGUAACUUAUAAUGUUUUCUUUUCUUCAUGUAUUAUUAUUAUUAUUAACAUAUACACAAAGGGCAAUAUCCUUAACACAUUUUUGCUUUGUUUUAUAUAUUGCCCUUAACAUCUUUUCAUUUGGCUUUUAGUUUGUCUUGUGUGACUCUUGUUUAUUAUUUGGGAAGUUGGAUUUGGUA